AUGUCUCUCAUUAGCGAAGCACACGACUCCCUGCCAUACGUCGACACCCCGCCGACCGAGGUCGCGCGCCAAAAAGCCCAGCAACUCAUCAACGCCGAGCUCUCCCCAGACCACAGCACAACCCUGCACCCCUCAAUUCCAGCAGAGCCAGAAUCGCACAUCAGCACAUUCUUCCAACAAGAAAUCGACCGCAAAGCGACUGGUGCCCCGCUGUCAGGCGGCAUCGACCUAUCCCGCUACGAAGCGCCCGAAGCCCCAACCAGGGCCUCAGAUACCGAUGCACCAGACCUAGAUGAAUGGCGACAGACACUACAGAAGGCAUAUGUCUCCAGCUCGCACCUCACCAAGCGCCAUGAGAAUUUGACCCUGCUGGAAGAGGGCGGCAAGAAUGCUUGGUUGAUUGGAAACUCACAGCUGGAAGAUAUUCUUCGCGGACUGGAGAAGGUGCUUGCGGACACGAAAGAGGCUGCGGAGGAGGUCAACCGCCAGCGUAAGAUUGCGCAGGAAUCUAGCCAGGGCGAGCUGGCGGGUCUGCAGGAUACAUGGAGGCGCGGGGUUGGUGCUGUUCUGGAUGCCGAGUUGGCGUCUGAGGGACUCAGGAUGCAGAUUCUGGAGCACAGGCGCAUGGCGGCCCAGCAGCAGCAACGCUAA